AUGAAAUCGGAUAACGUCCAGGCCGGAACCGUAACGCGAGAAAUCCUCGAGAAUACAGGGUGGCGAGAAUUGGAAGAAGUUCCUGAACAUCUAUCAGAUGAUUGGCGCGAGUCACUAGGAACGGGCGAUGGUCUGAUGAAUACGGCUAAUGAGUUCCCUUCACAAUGGGAUCAUGAGGAAGUAUGGAAGGACGAUGAGGGCAGGGUUAGAGAACCCACCACUGCUGUUAUGGGCAACAUUGUUAACGGCGAGAAUGGCUACAUAAUCGCCGGCACGAACUGGGGUCCCAUGGCAUCAAAGGAUAACGACAUGCCAGUGUGGAUGAUCCCCAAUACAAAAUGGACCGACAUCGUGGCAGUUCAGUGGAACCAAUAUGUGGCAGGAAGCGACAUCAAGCGCAUUUACCGAUCUAACGUGAUAUACCCUGAGUCGAGAGACCUUAUGGAAACAGCAUUAGAGAAGGUUGGGAAGAGUGGUGACCUGGCUGACCUACCGUUGUGGCCUGGCGUUGAUUUCACGCCUGGGAAAAAUCCCACCAAGACACCGAUGAAGCCCGCAACCGAGGCCUUUAUGGGCUUGCUCGGAAGUUCUCAUGCUGCUGGUCCUGCGUACUUAUUCAUUCAAUACCGGGCCAUAUUUAGCAAGAAGAGGAUUAACACGAUCAAACUCUGGAAAACUGAGGAAGAGGGGAAAGACCCCAAAGUAAACAUGCUAUUAUACGUUGAGGACGUUCCGUAG